AUGGAUUUUGCAUGGAAAGGCUCAGAAAGAGAGUCGGCUAUCACUAACGGAUCUUACGUACCCGUACACAACAUGCCUACUGGAUUAGCGAGAUGGAAGGACAAGCUGUUUAUACCAUACCGCGGCAUUCCAGCGUCCUUAAAUUACGUAUACUUGAAUGGGACACAAGAUGCGCCAUUGCACCCGUACCCAAACUGGCAGGAAGGUUGUCUAGCCCAAAAUGGCUCUGUGGUCUCCAAUCGCACGGUGGUGUCCACCUUCAGGGUGAAUGUAGACAAAUGUGACCGUCUCUGGGUUGUGGAUAAUGGAGUCAGUGAUAUGUCGAUGGAUGUGAAACAAGUGACGCAGCCAUCUGUCUUGGUGUUCAACCUGAAGACAGACGAGUUGAUUAAGAAGUUCGUCCUGGAUGAAAAUGUAUUGAGAGACUCUUCGGUGUUGACUAGCAUUGCAGUCGAAAUAGUCGGCAAGAAUUGUGCGAAAUCUUACGCGUACAUAACAGACAUGGGGUCCAACGCUAUAAUCGUGUACAGCAUGGAUGAUAACGACGCGUGGAGGGUAGAGAACCAUUAUUUCCACUUUGAUCCCCACGCUGGGGUUUAUAAAGUAGGGGGUAUUGACUUCUAUUGGAGUGACGGGGUCUCAUCAGGCACGUUGUCACAACCUAAGAAGGAUGGUUAUUGCGACUUAUAUUUGCACCCAACUUCGAGUACGAAGCAAUUCAGGAUGUCGACGAGACUGCUACGAAAUAAGGAUGCUCCCAAAGAAGAUAUUUUCAAUGGAGUCGAGAUAAUCGGUGAUAGAGGUCCAAAUUCUCAAGCGACGUCCUGCGAUAUAGACCCGUCCACUAACGUCUUGUUCUAUACACAGGUUUGCAAAAAUGGCUUAGGAUGUUGGAACUUGAACAAACAGUUUAAUGACGCCAAUACUCCACUGAUACUCAGCGACUGCAACUUGAUGGAGUUCCCGAAUGACGUCAAAGCAGAUAGGGAAGGCAACCUCUGGAUCCUGAGUGACAGACAGUCGCGCUUCCUAUAUGAGGCUAUGGACUUUGACCAGGUCAACUUUAGGGUGCUCACGGCACCAACUGCGACACUCAUACAGGGCACGGCGUGUGAGAAGAGGUCCUUCUUUAGUCGAAUCAGUGACACAAUGGUCAAAGUUCGAUGACCCACCAACCGAAAUGACAAUUGAAG